AUGAACGAUGAGCUGCUGCCAGCGUUUGGUUUCCUCUUCGUUGCCUGCAUUCUUGUGAUCGGCUACGUGGUGGCUGUGCCAAUUUGGCGCUGGCGCCUGUCCAAGAAUCCCGACUCGCGUCUUCUAACGCCCACGGACCUGUGGCUUUGGGUUCUGACGAGCUGCCCAUGUUUGGCGUUGCCCUGCAGCUUCGGACUGUUGGGGCUUAGCUCCGCAGGCUUUGCCGUGAACGUCAACUUGGAUUUUUCCGACUACCUGCGGGCCGAACUGGAGGAGCAGUACUUGCUGGACGCCGCCGACGAGGCCUCCGCGGAGCAGGUGCGCAAGACCGGGGACCGUCGGCGAAGAUCGCAAGAAUGGAGGGCUUGGACGGUCUACGACUAUCAGCAAAGACAGAGGCAAGUUCUUGUCAUGCAGGACACUGGCCUUGGGCGUCGUCUGCAAGGGGUGCAGGAGCAGACGCCGCUGGCAUACCAGAUUUGGGAGCUGGACAUCUUCUACCAAGCUGUGGAUCCGAGCACAGGCAUCUUCACCGAAGAAGCCUUAAAGGAGAUCAAGGAUUUCGAAGAUCAAUUGGUGUCCUUCGACGGAUAUGGAGACUUCUGUCGGAGGUGGCACGAUCGAGGAUCUUCCUGUGAUGUGCCUUACUCUGUGAAGAACCUCUUCUAUUCAGUGCCGAAUGCCAGCCUCCACAACGGUUCCACCAUGUCACUGUGCGCCCUGUGCCGAGCAGGGGAGGAAGAAACGGGCUUUUUGGCCGCACGACUCAGGGCCUACGAUGGUUCGGGCACGCUCGCGAGCAUCGUGCCCGUCUCAGCUCAAAGGCUGCAGGAAGAGGAACCUCUCAACCUGGACCCGUCUUCUCUCGCCGAGGAGUCUGUCUUGAAGGAGCUCUUGGAAAACGAGAUCCGCUGGCGUGGCCCCUGGAAGGGAGCUGGGGCAGUUUCGGCACAGCACUUCGAAAGUAUGAGGUGGACGGAUGGCGAUUUCAACCGCAACAACUUGAAGAGCCAGUUUGGGACCAAGCCGAUCUCUCCCCUACCAGCCCGAUUUCCCACGGUGCUGACAAGGUACUCACGUGCGACCCUGUAUGGUGCGCCACUGCCUGGAUACUUGAGCUGGGAUGAUCGACGUGCUGAACAGGAGGCGAAGAUUAAUGCCUGGCUAGGCCGACUGUUCGAGGAGUUCUUGCGACGAGCCGAUUUGAGCGGGGACGAUGCCCUGCCCUACAAGCACGUGAAGUUUACGUGGUAUGAAAGGAGGAUCAACAACUACGAGUCCCUCGUCGCCAAGAGCAAGCGGGGCGGGCAUGUCAUGGAGUUUUGCCUGAUUUUGUACUAUUUGCGCUUCGAUACGCUCUUUGCGCUGGGCACGAUGGCAACAGUCGCCUUGCUGGUGUUGGCGCGGAUCCAAAACCUCUUCAUCACCUUCUUCGGCGCCAUCGGGGUGGCCUUGGCUUUUGUGGGGACCUACUACUUUCACUUUGUCGUCGCCGGUUUCAAGGCCCUGAGCAUCCUGGACUUCGUCUCUCUUUUCGUGAUCCUAGGCAUUGCGGCAGAUGACGUGCUUCUGCUUUUCAACACUUACUCUCUUGCGGCUGUGCUGCUGGGUGCAGAGGCCACUCCACAGCAGAAAAUGCGAUGGGCGUACAAAGAGGGGACCGCACCCAUGCUGGUCACGACAGUAACAACAUGCGGUUCCUUUUAUGCCAACUGCUUCUCCAUCGUGACUGUGGUCCAGUGCGUCUUGUGGAGGAGUUUCGGCUUCUUCAUGGCAACGCUCGUGGCAUGGAAUUUCUUGAAUGUGCUGAUCAUCUUUCCGGCAGCGAUCUUGGUAAACGACCUCUACAUCAUUCCGCUUCUGACCUGCUGCUGCCGCAAGCGAUCUCCCGAAGGUCGGCAUUCCGAUCACCUGAGCGCCCAGGGCAUCCAGUCCAAGUUGAGAUUGCCGGUCAAGGGGGUGACGGACGUGAAGCAUCAGGACCUGGGACUGGUCGAGCGGGUCGUGGCGAAGCGCUUCUCUCCGUGUCUCUAUCACUCUCGUUGCCUCUUGAUCCUGUUCUCGAUAGCCGCUGCUGGAGUCUUCGGCUACCUUGCGACUGUUGCCUUCCACGUGUCGGAGGGCCAAAUCAAAAUUUUCGAGGAGGAUCUGAAUCUGGGAAGGCUCGAGGAGCUGCGGAAGGAGGUGUUCCCGGCAACCAGCGACGAGGACUUCAAGGAGGCAAUCCGAGCAGCACCUCCCGAUCGUGCCAUUGACGUCAGAAGCUGCCCCGGGCGCACAGUGGGUGAUGGGAACAGCUCCUGGUGCAGUGGCCAAGGCACAUGUGAUGCCUCCAGCAGCACGUGCUCCUGCGAUGAUGGCUUUGUGGGCCAAGCUUGCUCCGUGACCAGAUCCUCUGGAACUCUGGACCUGGUGUACCUCUCCAUCGCUCAGGACCCGGACCAGUAUCUCUACGCCCACGUCCUGUCCACCCCAGAGCUGCUCGCGGCGCCCGAUGACCUUCCCGCCGGCCGUGGCGACUUCUUCUUGCGGAACCAAGGCGACGAGGACGUCAACUGGCAGCUGGAGGCGGAGGUACCGGCCUGGUUCUCCUUGGAUCCCAGGAACGGAGUGCUGCAGAAGCGCAGCUUUUCCAGGACCGACGACAGCUUCGCGGGGAGGAGCUCCUUCCAGGCCGCCUUCGACUUGGCAGGGAAGCCCAGUGGUUGGAGCGAGCAGAUGGAGCUCCGAGUGCUCGCUUCGACUUCGGGAACGUCGCCUCCGCCGCCGCCGCGGAGUUUUCGCAUCGCCGCCGCCGUCGCCUCGCCUCCAGCUCUGGGAGCUCUCCGGGCCUUCGCGGAGGGCGAGGAGAUCGCCUUGCAGCCAGCCUUCGACGUCUCCCGCGGCUUCGGCGCAGAGCCUUUCGAGAACUUCGUCUCUCGCAACCUCGAAAUCAGGUAUCAGGUGUUCAGCCGGAGUGACUGGCUGCGAGUAGAUCUCGAAGCCCUCGGUUCGGAUUCCGUCCUGGUCUCCGGUCGGCCGCUCCGGGGCACCUCGCUCGGGAUCUCGGCACCCGGGUCCAUUGAGAUCGAAGUCAUCUCCAGCUUCAGCCGCCAGACCACAACAUACUUCCUCGAAGCUUUCAGGUCCUGUGACGGGCCGUGUCCGACCGAAACCUCCACAACGGCAACGACGACCCGCAUCACUUCCACACUCGCCCCGGGCGUUUCGAGCACCACCACGACGUACACCAGCACCCAGACACAGGACACAGAUCACGUGGUCGGACUGAUGACCCUCACGGCGCUGAACUGUCCAGCACUCCGAUCCCAGGAAGGCAAAAGUCGAUUGGAGUUUGGCCUUGCCCAAAUCGCCCAGGUGGAGGAGGCGGCGGUGAGCGUCUCUGUGUGGUGUGAUGGGCGCCGGCUCUCAUCGAGCUCGAGGCAACUGCAGGUGAGCCCGGUGGAGCUUCUUUAUUCGAUGGUGGUGGUGGGCGGGGGCAUCGCCACCGCGGAUGUCGUAAGGCGCCUGGACCUGGAGUCUCCGGAGACUAUGACCCAAAAGCUUCAGGCUUUCCUGGAUGCUGACGGCUUUCCCGUGGUGCUGGAAGUCCUGAGCCUGGAGGCCAUCCAAGUGAAUCCUGAUCCAACCACCACCGCGACGAGCAGCACCUGGACUUUCACCUCCUCCACAGGGACAGCAACUGCAACGACAAGCACUGCAACGACCACUUCAGUCACAGUGAGCGCUACAAGUUCACUGACCGUCACUGCAACUUCAAGCACCAGCAGCAGCAUUACGAAAACCCAAAGCACGGCCACCAGCGUCACUUCGACUAGCAGCAUCAGCAGCAUCUCAACUACGACCGCGAGUUCAGCCACGACAGUCACGACCACCCAGAGCACAGUCAGCACCACUUCCGUCACGGCAAGCACGACCAUGACUUGGACAGCGACCUCAACGCGAAGCACCGCAACACACACAACAAGAACACUUACAUCCAGUUGGACUGCUACAGCUACCGAGCCUGUCGUUUCGACGACUGCGACGCAGUCGGUCACCGCUGUCACCACAACCACUUCGAGCUCCUCUGCAACUACUGUCUCUUCAAGCUCGACAGAAACCGUGACUUCGGCCACCCAAACGGCUUCUUUGACCAGCAGCCUGUCUUCCACGAUAUCCUCUACGACCUUGUCUUCAAGCUUCACCGCCACCUCGACCGCCACCUCCUCGUCCUCCAGCGUCACAGAGACAUCCUCCACGCUGACCUCCACCUCGAAGUCCACGUCGACCACGCUCUCCUCCUCCAAGACUGCCUCCUCCACGACGGCAUCCUCCACUACGCGCACCACAAGCCUGUCCAAAACCUCCACAACCAGCACCACAACCAGCACCGCGUCUUCCACCAGAACUUCCUCCAGGACCGGGACCGCCACUUCGGCAACCGUGACUUCCACCACGUCUUCGACAAGCAAAAGUGGUACCUCGACUCGCACGACCUCCACGUCUUCCAGCAUCUCCAGAACCUCCAGCACCGUUUCUCACACAUCGAGCACCUACACCAGCGUAACAAGCACGUGGACGCGAACCAGCACCACCACCGAGACCUUCACCACUGCCACUAACACCAUCACCUUUGCAGAUGGGUUCGGGUACAUCUUCGGCGAGGCGCAGCUUGCCGAGUGCAUCGCCGCGGGGAGCGAAGCGCGGGAGCCGGAGCUCCUGGAGGCGCUGGCCCAAGGCAUCGCCUCCCUCGCCGAGGUGGAGGCCUCCUUGGUGGAGCUUCGGCUCUGCCCCGACCAGGAAAGGGACGCUCGAAGGUUGCAGGCAGCCUCGCCCAGGUUGGAGUAUGGGAUCCAUAUCCCCUCCGAAAGGGGUCUGGAGCUCUUCCCACGCGCCUUUGCGGCGCUCCAGGCCGCCACCGCUGCGUCCCUGCAGGCGGCGCUCAACGCGGCGCUCCGGGACCAAGGCUUUGUUGGCUCAAACUUGACCGUCGAAGACGCCUCCGUGUUCUCCGGGGCCCCUCCCACAACGCGAACUAGCUCCACAGCGACCAGCACCACCACAACGACAACCAUCUUAUGCCCCGGAAAUCCUGUGUGCUCCGGUUCUGGCAGUUGCAUCCAGCAGAAGACGGGUGACUGGGCUUGCGAAUGUCGAGAGACCUUUUCGGGCGAGGAUUGCACGGUUCGCGAGUGCCCAACCUGCGCGAACAACGCGAGCUGCCUGGAGGGCGCGCAGGACCUUGAGGCUGUCUGGGAAUGCGAUUGCAUCGAACCCUACUAUGGGCCACGCUGUGAAGAGAAGCGCUGCCCCGGAAACUGCACCAACUCCGGUGAGUGCGACACUGCCACGGGCUUGUGCUCCUGCUUUGCAGGGAGUUUGGGCGAGGACUGUGCCCAGCGAGAGGUUCCUCUGACGAACGCCAUUGAGAUCGCCAUUGUCUUCGGCUUGCUGGGUUACGAAAACGACAACAGGUCUGCACCAGCCUAUGACGGCUCUGUGGAUCUUUUGUCUCCGGCAGUGCAGGCCCACAUGCUGCGAACCUGCACCGACGCCCGUGCCGAUGCGCUUCUCCUGGUAAAGAGCGAGCUGAGCUGCUGGAUCGAGAGUUUCGCCGAGUUCAUGCCUUUAGUCGGAGGAACCUUCCCCGUGAACGACUCCGACAUGGUCCAGGAAGCUUUCCAGGCCUUCAUGCACCAGAACGUGGCCAGCUUGAAUAGUUACCAGAAGGAUGUCCGGACAGCUGGUGAGGACUUUGCAGGCCGUGUGAUGUUCUCCAGGCUCCGCAUGAAGGUUAACAUGGCGGUGAAUGCUGCAAAGGAGCAGAAGGAUGUGGUUCGGCAGCGCUGGCAGGAGUAUGUAGAGUCCUUGAACCAAAGGGCUCCACCAGAAGCUGGACAAGCCAUGAUGGUGUCCUGGGUGUGGACCAGCAUGGCCCUUGAGGAGUCUGUCUUCUCCAGCACAAUCCUGGCCUUUUCACUCUCCUUAUCCACUUCGAUGGUGGCCGUGGCGCUCUUUACCCGGGACAUAGUGCUGGCCUUCUAUGUGUGCUUGAACAUUUUGCUGGUGGUCUCGGUCCUUUCGGGCUUCCUCCUGAACAUCCUGGACUACGACUUCGGCGUGGUCGAAGCGAUCGGAGCGACGAUCUUCGUGGGCCUCAGUGUUGACUAUUGCCUCCAUCUAGCACACGGAUACCACACGGCCAGUGGCCGGCAGGCCAAGGUACGGGUGCACCAUGCGCUCGUAAUGCUCACGCCGACCAUACUGGGAGGCGCUUUGACCACGAUUGCCGGCUGCGCGUUCCUACUUCCAUGCCGCAUCUUGCUUUUCAGAAAGCUUGGUUGGACCUUGAUGCUGAACGCAAUCAUCGCCAUCACGUACACCUUCACCUUCCUUGCGCCUCUCCUGAUGAUAGCAGGGCCGGUCAAGAGGAGUCCAGGUGCCGUGCGGGCAGGAUACGCCGACGGCAACAGCCCCACCGACUCCUUUGCAGCAGUCACAAGCCGCUUUGCAGUUGCCUCGGAGGUUCCCAGCCCGUCCCAAAUCAACGCGACACCUGGCGAGGAGGGCCAGGGCCAGGGCAACUUGCGGAAGUCGGCCUCGUCCUCGCCAGCGCUUCCCAUCCAGCCGGCGCCCAAGAAAGCGGAUGGGACGGUCGGCGUGGUCUUCGAGGAUCCUCGACAAGGAGGGGAUCGGGCCUGUGAAGCAGGGCUUGUGAGAAGCUGUGACAAGAUUGGAGCCCAGGAGUAG